AUGCGAGACAAGAUCCCCGACAAUUUAAGUAAGGAAGAGAGAUCCGCCUUACAAUCCUUAAAAAAUCGGGAUGACAUAGUGAUCAAGAAGGCAGACAAAGGUUCUACAGUAGUAGUCCUUGAUAAAGAGGCGUACAUGGCAGAGGCCCAGAGACAACUCUCAGAUGAACGCUUCUGUAAGAAACUGGACUCUGACCCCACUAAAGAGUUCUCAGCCGCAAUCAUCAAAACUCUAGACGAAAUGUUUGAAAAUAACGAAAUUGGUGUCAACGUCUAUGAUACUCUCAACCCUAUUGACUGUAGACCAGGAAAAUUUUACCUGCUUUCAAAGAUACACAAAGAAGGCAUGCCAGGUCGCCCUAUAGUUAGCGCCAUCGGACACCCCACGGAAAAAAUUUCAGAGUAUAUUGAUUUACAUCUCCGUCUGCAUGUAGAAAACUUGCCAUGA